AUGCUUCAAGUAGCUGCAGUGGGGAGCAAUGGUGGAUUUUCCGCGCAUUCAUCGCAGCUGCAGAGCUUUGGGGACAGCAGCGAGGAGGAGCUCGCCGUGCUUCCGCCGCACACCAAGGUCGUGGUGACCGGAAACAACCGUACCAAGUCCGUGCUGGUGGGGCUUCGUGGCGUCGUGAAGAAGGCUGUUGGCCUUGGUGGAUGGCACUGGCUGGUUCUCACAAAUGGGAUUGAGGUAAAGCUGCAGAGAAACGCUUUAAGCGUAAUCGAAGCUCCUACAGGGAAUGAAGACGACGACCCUGAAUUCGAACAGACACUGGGGAACAGCUCAGCAUCCGAGGAUACUCAAAAGUCGUAUAGAUCAAGGCAACGUAUGCAAAGGUCAUUUGGUUCGUCCCAUAAGACUCUUAGUCGGUCUCUCUCAUCGGACUCACACUCCAAAGACUCUGUUUCGACUCGUAAGGGAUCACUGAAUGUUGACCUCAGCAAACUUGAGAAGGGCGCAUUGUGGAGAUAUUUGCGGCACUUUAACCUUGUGGAUGCCAUUCAUAACCCUUCGAAAGAGCAACUUAUCGAUGUUGUCCAAAAGCAUUUUGUUUCGCAGCAAAUGGACGAGCUGCAAGUCAUCACGGGUUUCGUGCAGGCUGCCAAAAGGCUGAAAACGGUUUGCAAAUGA